GAGCAAACCAACCAAUAUGUUUACACCAUGUCCCAGUUUUGGCGUUGUCGUGGCAGUAUUGCAUCUCUCUCAAUCUGGACGUUAUCUGAGGGGGCUUCGAACCUGGCGUAGACCAGUAUUAAUUUUCAGUCUUGGUCAUAUCCUUUAAGGGACUGCGGAUUCUUGAUGUUCCUUCUGAGGACGCUUCAGGGAGCACAGUUCAAGCAGUGUCUAUGUUGUGACUUGCGCAAAUGGUGCCAUAAUUUGUUACUUCUAGUGUUCAGGCCUUGAACCAUCCUCCAAGCAAUUAUGAAAAAUCUUCUAAGGACGUUUUGACAGCAGUUGCUUCCAAGCCAAAAGUAUUUUAAAUAAAAUGUUCUAUUUUUUGCUAUGGACCCUGACACUGCUUUGUGGAUUCUGUUUAGCAGAUCGGCCACAAAAACCUGGAAAUAUUUCCUGCAUAUAUUAUGACAAUAGGACUCUUACAUGCAACUGGACUCCUGCAAGAGAAAUACACACUGAAACAAAUUACACUUUCAUUAAAACAAUAGGCACUGAAGAGGAAGCUGGACAAUCAUCUGAUGGACAGGAAACCUGCGAAAGCAAAAAUGGCUCAUGCUCUUUUUAUAAUAUUGGGCCUAUCAAAUUUGAGGUCAAAGUAAAGGCAGAAAAUCAGUUUGGGGAAGAAGAGGCUUACUAUGUUGUAGAAGAACCGUGGGAAAUUUUGAAGUCCGAUCCUCCACUGAUAAGUAAAGUAGAACCAAUUCCAGGGAAGAAGCAAAUGCUAAGAGUUUCCUGGAAAAGACCUAGUAAGAUGCCUGAGACUGUGGAUUCAAUUUGCGAGAUUCGCUACAGCUGUGUAUCAAAAAACCACUCGAACACUAAAAUUGCUGACAUGGAGGAAAGAAUAGAAGACCAGUUCUUUAAUAUCCAUGGUCUAUGGGAUUUUGCAAAUUAUACUGUUACCCUUCGGUGUCGUCUUUUGCAGUCAGAAUUCUGGAGUGAAUGGAGUAACAAGGAAAUGGGAACAACAGAAGAACAAGCUCCUUUGAGAAUAGACUUGUGGAGAGUAAUUGAAUCUCAUCAGCCCCCUGGAACACGAACUGUGCAUCUUUUGUGUAAGGCGAACAAAGAAUUCCCAAGUUCAGGAAUAAUAAAUGGCUAUGAAAUAAGGUACUUUGCAGGAGGCAAACCUUGUAAAAAUGUAACAGACCCUCGUAAGAAGACUGUCACUCUCAACCUGACAGGAGAAACCUAUGAGAUCAGAGUUGUUGCUUAUAAUUCAGCUGGAUAUUCUCCUGAGGCUAUUUUGAGAAUUCCAUCGAUACAUGAAGAAAGUAUGGAUCAUCAAAGGAUUGUUACUCUGAAUGCUUAUGCUUUAAAGGAACACAUGUUUUUGGAAUGGCAACCAUCAGAUUUAGAAAUAGAUGGUUAUAUUAUAGAAUGGUAUGAUGAGUUGGAGACAGAAGCAGAUAAGAGAUCAUGGCAACAAAUAACAAAUGUCACAAACUGGGCAUCUCCAGAAGGAGCCUUCAGACACUUUAGAUAUUACAACAUUUCAGUGUAUCCCUUGCUUAAAGGUGAAAUAAAAUAUCCAAGUUCCAUUGAAGCUUACUUUCAUGAUGGAAUCCCACCAGGCCCGUCAGCUAAAGCAGAAAAUGUCGAUAAAAAUGAGGCUACCAUAAAGUGGGAGGACAUUCCAAAACCAGAAAGAAAUGGCUCCAUUAUUAACUACAUUGUAUUUUAUAAAGCCGAAGGUGGAGAAGAACUAGGCAUAAUGGUGAAUGGCAGUGUUCUACAAUACAAGCUUAAGAAUUUGCAACCUUUCACGAAAUACACAGCUAGGGUUAUGGCAAGCACCACUGUUGGCGGAAGAAAUGGAACACAGACCACCUUCGUCACCAAAAGACUUAGUGUGCUAGACAUUAUUCUUGCAUGUGUCGUUGUUGGAAUGUUCAUGUUGUGCCUGUUAACUGUGGGGAUGUUGUGGGCUAUGAAAAGACACAUAAUAAAAAGAAUUUGCUGGCCUGACAUCCCGCAGCCCGUAAUAACAAAUUGUCAUGACCUAUCUUCAGAAGCAAAGUUGAGCAAAUCAUUCUCUGGGGAUGACACAGUCAUCAGUACUUUGGACGUAGGUGUUUGUAGCGAGGAUCAUAAUGAAUUACAGUUGCUGAGUGAGGAAGACUGCUUCAGACAGACAAAUCUGGAAAAUGAGGGAAUUCAAGAUCAAACAAAACUGAACGAGAAAACGGAUUUCAACCCAUAUUUGAAAAAUUCAGUGCAUAAAAGGGUGUUCCUUGUGUGUGAGAACUCAGACCAAAGUACAAAAGGAACUAAAAGCCAACCUCUUCUUUUGGCAUCUUGCUUGCCAAAAUGCGCAGAGCAACCUUAUGUGUCAGUGGACACAUUUGAACUGUUCUCAAACAGUAAUAAAUUGCAGGGUACUUAAAAUGGCCCUGUUCAGAGUAAUUUAAUUUUAAGAAGCCUGCUACUCCCACAGACCAACUAUUUGUUCCAAAGUGAGCCCAGCUGAAUCUUCAUUCAAGUCUAACUGUGACUUCUUAAGGACGGCACAUCAUUUCAACUGUUGAUGGGGUUUCUUCUGUGUUUUAUGAGUUUGAUGGGUUUUCUUCUGUGUUUUACUUAUUGUCUGCAAAAAACAAAAUAAUAUAACUUGCAGUGCUUUGGCUGGGGACCCAAUGAUAACAGGACAGCUCAAGGCAUCAUGGGUGGGGUCCUGCCCCUUGAGAUCAUCUGGUCCAUGGUGGAGAGGCAAUCCAGCUCCUGGCCCCAAUGUGCUUCCCUGUAUGCAGUGUGUUUUAUGUUGCGUGAGUAAGCCCAGUGUUACAGCACUGGGCUAAAACAUGAAAUUGGACCAUGGAUUAAGUGGAAGAGAAAAAACAUACAUUAUAAAUGAAAAGUUACAUGGAACUUGUUAUAAAGAAAAUGAAUUACAUGGCACUUUAAAGUAAAAGGGAAAUACUUUGAAACUAGCAACAAAAAUUAGAAAAUAUUUGUUUUAUUUUAAACACUUCUGUACUGCCCUUUAUCACAAGAGAUGCCAGAGCGAUUUACAAUAUAAGUAACACUAUAUUUUAAAAUAAAAGAUUGCUUAGGUAAAACGCUGCUCGCACUGCCUGCCAUAGUAUUUUGUCAUGGUGCUUUUUCAUUUGUUUCAUGCCAUUUCAGAAUAGAAUCAGACACGCAGGCGCUGGAAAACGAGCUACUGUAAGUGCUUUCCUUUUGCUCAUCUUUGGAGAUCUGCUGUUGAAUCUCCUGCAUUCUUUCUUUGAUUUUGAAGACUUAUUAUGAGUGGCAGAAAGCAUUCUUCACCAAAUCAAAACUUUGGAAAUCUGACCAAAUCACAGAACAGGUAAAUGUUUUCAGACUUCCAUGCAGGCAAAGGGAUCUUGGUCCGCAUCUACAUGAUAGCAGACCAACAUUAUUGGGCCAUCUGCCUGGUUUUUAGGACACACUGUAGAAUGUAAAGGUGAACUAAACUUUCCUGAAAGAAAGUGAACAAGAGGGGGGAAAGGCUUCAAGAGAUCU